AAUCUAACCAUGGAAAAUACCAAUAAAAAUAAGACAGUUUAAAAAAAAAUGUAGAGUUGAACUGAACAGGAGAAAUGCAAAAUGCUGAGGUCAUUUUUAAAAAAAGACAUUUAAGGCUAGACAGGCAUGUGACUUGCAGAGGAACCCAUCUCUGUUACAUGCUUUAUUUAAAGUUCCGUUCUGAACUUUUCUUGCAAUACAGUACUCGGCAAUCUGCUGUAGUAGGAUGAAAUUGAGAGAUCAUGAAGAAAUGCAGAAAACCGAAUUGUGAAAAAGAGUAUGAGAUACCAGCAUCGAAAUCGUGGUCUACAUUAGAACUGUGGUGACCAAUAGGAAGUAAGACUUAUCAAUGAAUGUAUUACAAUGCAGUAAUCGAGGACCAUUUCGUGAGAAGCUCUGUGAAAAAUGUCCGCCUGCAACGCCUUCACUGAACACGUGUGGAAGCCUGGUGAAUGUAAGAACUGUUUUAAGCCCAAAAGUUUGCAUUGUUUGACUACUGCCUCCGAAACACCUUCUCUUUCAUGUAACAACUUAAAAACUAAUGCUAACCAUAGUAACAACCUCCGGGGUAGGUCAGGCGCUGGAAACUUCAGACCUCCUGUUGCUAAGAAGCCAACAAUCGCUGUGAAACCCACCAUGAUGGUCACAGAUGGGCGGACUUUAAGUGGAGAAAUGGAAGUUUUAGAAAACUGUGAAAAUAAGCAUGUGUUUAUAGGAUGGAAUAAAAAUGGUGUUCUUAUCAGUAGAAAACCAGUGAACAAUAACAACAACGAAGAAAACAGUGGCUACAGUAUUGCUCAGAGGUCAUGUCCUCCAGACCAAGUUGUUAAUAAUAGGAUCCCAAAUAACAAUAAUAAUGGAUUAACCGAUGUGUUGAAGGAAAUUGUUGGGCUUGACUCGGAACCACAGUUAAUAGGUAAAGCGGAAGACAAAGAUUCAUUUCUUGGAAGGAUCAACAAAUGUUACCAGCGUUCACUGGAAAGAAAGCUUCCUCCAAGCUGCAUAAUGGCUGGUAUGAAAGAGAAUGCGGGCAAGCAUGUUUUGCUCAGCAGUAGCUCAGAAGUUAUCAGCAAUGAGGGAGGGCUCUUCUGCUUCCCUGAUUGCUCCUACAGCAGUGAUGACAGAGAAGACAAUGAGUCGAGUGAGAAUGCCCAAGAGGAGCGAGAGAGUUGGGAUGAAAGUGAUGAAGAGCUGCUGGCAAUGGAAAUACGAAUGCGCGGUCAGCCACGUUUUGCUAACUUCCGAGCCAACACACUAUCUCCUGUGAGAUUCUGCACUGAAAAAAAAUGGAACACAGUUCCUUUGCGGAAGCAGUCACUCCAGAGAAUUUGUGCUGUUGAUUAUGAUGACAGCUACGAUGAAAUUCUAAAUGGAUAUGUCAAUGAAGCUUUGAUCCCAUACGGCCAAGACAGUAUGCCAAGUAUAUUGUCUUCAGAUUCCACAACCCCUGAUUCUUCUAUGACUGAGGGAUCUCAAACUGGGUCAACAAAAAACACACUUUUCAAUGGAGACCUUACUCCAAGUACCUGCAAAGAAACCAAACAUAUUGAGCCAGAUUAUCAAAGUAUAUGUCAGAAUGAACAGAUCGCCCAAGUGAAACCAGCUCCAUUUAAACCAGCAAGAGGCACAGCAGUAAAAUCUCUUGAAACUCAUAAAGCAGUUCUGGCAUUGAGGUUAGAAGAGAAGGAUGGGAAAAUAGCCUUACAAAGUGAGAAAACUGAAUUUACCACAAAUGCCACAGAAAAUCUAGGGAAAAUUGUGACUAUUAACUUUGUUCCCAAGGAAGAGCAAGCAAAACCCUACAGAGUUGUGGAUUUAGAACCACCAGGGAUGUGCAAGCCCUAUACGAUAGUUGAUGUAUCUGCAGCAAUGAAUAAUAAAAAUUCUGAAGGCCCAACUGAAUUGGUUAAAGGCAAAGCAGUAUCCUCAGCAAUAGUAAGUUCACCUGGACCAUUGUCAGGUCAGGUCAUCGACCAGAAAAAAUCCAGUAUCACCAGAUACCAAGAGGUAUGGACUUCAAGCACGAGCCCACGGCAAAAAAUGCCCAAAGUUGCAUUAAUAUCUAGUAGCUCUGGCCCUAUGCCACCUCCACGUCAGAGCAGUCAUAAGUCUGCCCCAACUUCACCUACUGCUACAAAUAUUUCAAAAACCAUUCCCGUGAAAUCUCCAAAUCUGUCUGAAAUCAAAUUUAAUAGCUACAACAAUGCUGGGAUGCCUCCUUUUCCUAUCAUUAUACACGAUGAACCAACCUAUGCCCAGAGUUCAAAGCAUAAAGUUGUAAAAGUACCAAUUGUAAUUAAUCCAAAUGCUUAUGAUAACUUGGCCAUUUAUAAAAGUUUCUUGGGUCCUAGUGGAUCUCAUAAGAAAAAAGAAACUUCAGAAAAUGCAGUUGGCCAUACAUACGAGGAAAUCGGUUCAUCAGAAAACAGAUCUGUAGAAUUAGCCCAGGCAAAGGGAACCUCUAGUAUUACAGAACGAAAAGUGCUUGGUUCUGUGGCACAAAAAGUGCAGGAAUUCAACAAUGUACAGAACAAAGCACAUAGCCUCCUGCAGGGUUCACCUCACAAAGCCUUUGGAUCUAAUCAAAACUCUCCUUCCAGAGCUCAGAAAUCAAAACCAGAGUCCCCAGCCAGAAGGGACGAAAUCCAGGAGAGGCAGGUAUCAGGAGUUGGUAGGGAAAAUGCAAGCACCGUGCUUUCCCAAAUAGUUGCAUCUAUUCAGCCUCCACAGGUGCCACCCGAAAAUUCACAAGCACAAUCAAAAGCUAGCAGUGUUGAAGAGCUGUACUCCCAGCCCGCCAACUCAGAAGACAGCAGAGAAAUUCUCACUCGCCCAAAGUCAUUGUUUUCGCCACAAGGAAACAGCAGAACUGAGGUAUCCAAAGCAUUGGAUAGCAAUAUUACAAAGGGGCCAAAAGAAAGUAUUCUCACAAAGCAGGUCACUGUCCCCAUAUCAAAACCAGGUGCAGCACAGUCUCCAGGAGGAGGUAGUCUCAGUCCUAAAUCUGAACCACUGCCUCCUUUCCCACCACCUCGCUCGACAUCCUCACCAUACCACGCCAGCAACAUUCUACAUAAGCAUUUCAGUAACUGGGGGAAGCCAACAAGCCCUGUACGAGCAACCGAGACAGAGUCACCAUUGUUCCAUUCAGAUGUUCGACAACGUUCACAGGAGGCUAAACCAAAACGAUGGAUCUCCUUUAAAAGCUUCUUCCGUCGCCGUAAAACUGAAGAGGAGGAGGAGAAAGAUAAGGAAAAAGACAAAGACAAAUUGAUUGGACUAAAUGGCCGAGUAAUACACAUGUUGCCACCCCCACCUAUUCAGCGUCACCACCUGUGCAGUGAGCAAAAGAUACUGGAACCCUCAGAGAAGCUGACCGAAAUACUGACUUGCAAACCAGAGCUUUCGCAGGGCGAUAUAAAGUUUGAAGUUGGAAAACCAGAUGCUGCUGCAACAGGCAUAGAUGUCCAUUCAACUCCUAUUAAAACACCAGUCAAAGUCUGUGAAUUGAAAAGUGAUGAAAAACUUGUGAUGAGUGCUCAUGUGAGUGAAAACGAACCUGCCAGCCCAGAGAGUCCAAACCCUCCACCUCCCCCACCAAAAAAACUUAACAACAACCUUCCAGAUGAAGUGACCAUUGAGGACAUGCCACCACAAGUAACUGAAGUUCAAAAGUCAGCAUCUUCAAACCAAGAGCCACCUGGUGGAGGGUCUAUGAUGCUAGGCAAAACGAUAUCUCAGGAGGAGAAAGACACGAGCAGCGAGUCUGCUGACGACAGCAUCAGCAGCGCUACCUACAGUAAUUUGGCUCUCUGCCAACAAUUCUCCUGGAGAGAUUGUUGCCAGUCGCGGGCUAACAUGAUACCCUUGAAGCAACCCAGACAAGUGAAGGGAGCUUCAGAUGAUGCCAUAACAUUUGGAGGAUCUGCAGAAUUGGAAACCAUGUCUGAGAGCCAACCAACGCCACCACCUCUUCCGAAAAAGACCAUCAUCCGUGCAAAUACAGACCCAGCAUCAAAGGAUUACAGCCCAAAAACAAAUAAGAAAGUUACUGCAAACAACUUAAGUCUGGCAAACCCUCUGUAUGAUGUUGAGGGUCUUGGAGACGCAAACUGGGAUGCUUCAAGUGUCUGUUCCUCAAUUAGUUCAGAUGCCAGAAUAUUCGACAAUGAAUCAGGAGAUUCACUGGACAGAGCAGUGGGCAGGUCAGCAGCAAAGAUUAGAACAUCAACAGUCAAUAGUGCUUCAAGUAUGACCAUGAACAGCAGUAAGGAAAGAAGUUCGCAUAGCUUGGAUUCACUAUCUGGAAGGCACCGCUUUCCUCAGAGAUCUGGUAAAAGCAUACAAAAGCCACAGAGGCAGACACUAUACAAAGGGAUUGAGAACAAAGAGGAAGUGGUAAUGAAGAUUCGAAAUCUUCAUACUGACUCUCUACAGAAACUGACUGCUAAAUGUGAGGACAGGUUCAUGCAGGGUCAAAAGAAUCAGCUGCGCUUCGGGCUAGACAACUGGUCAGACUUCAGGCUGACGAGUGAUAGACCUUGCUGUGAGGCUGGCGAUGCAGUUUACUACACAGCAUCCUAUGCCAAGGAUCUCCAUAACCAAUACGCAAUCAAGAUUUGUAAAAGCCAAGCAAAGGAAUCACAGCAACAGUAUUACCACAGUCUCGCUGUAAGGCAAAGCCUAACUCUGCACUUCAAUAUCCAGCAGGACUGUGGGCACUUCCUAGCAGAAGUCCCUGUCCGCAUGCUGCCCUGGGAGGAUCCCAGUGCCCCUGGAUUAGAAGAGGAAUCUGGAGAAAGCUUGGGUGAUCCAAAUGCCCCUAAGAAGGACACCUGCGGCAGCAGAUCAACAUCGAGCAAACUGCGAAGCCGGGUGGUCGUCAUUACCCGAGAGGUUCCAUACCAGACUGUCGCUGACUAUGUACAGCAAUCUGCACCUCGGCAUGAUAAAAGUCCAGAUAUCUAUGAGCGUCAAGUAUGCUUACUGCUGCUUCAACUGUGUGCUGGUCUGGAUCAUUUAAAGCCACAUCAUGUGACACACUGUGACUUGAGGUUAGAAAAUCUGCUCUUGGUGCGCUGUCGACAAGGAGGCUGUGAAUCUGAUCCCACAAGCUCACCCUCACACUUGGCUAGACUGAUCGUCAGUAACUUCUCGCAGGCAAAGCAAAAAAGCCAAGUAGUAGAUCCAGAGAUUUUACGGGAUCAGUCCAGACUAGCGCCUGAAAUCAUCACCAUCACCCAGUAUAAAAAGUGCGAUGAAUUCCAAACGGGGAUCCUUAUAUACGAGAUGUUACACUUGCCCAAUCCAUUUGAGGAAAAUCCAGAACUGAAAGAGAAAGAAUACACCCGGGUGGACCUCCCAGCCAUACCAAAGCGCUCCAUCUAUUCUCAAGGCCUUCAGCAGCUGGCAGGGCUUCUCCUACACCCUAACCCGUCGGAGCGCAUCCUAAUUUCAGACGCCAAAGUCUAUCUGCAAUGCCUCCUGUGGGGACCACGUGACGAUCUACUCCAUACCUUCAACUCGUGCGCUAACAUUGCUCAGAGAGAUGCUGUGCUGCAGAACUGGUUGGACUUAAAGCGAACGCUACUUAUGAUCAAAUUUGCAGAGAAAGCUCUAGACACUGAAUGCAACGUUAGCCUCGAGGAUUGGCUUUGCUGCCAGUACCUGGCCUUCGCCUCAGUAGAAUCCCUCGGUCGUAUUGUGAAGCUUCUACAACUGCAGUAACCUGUGUGAUUGCUGCUUGCUUUCUUUUUGUUCCUUAUUGGAUUAAUGUGCAAUUAUUUUGUAUAUGUUCACACUUUGUAAAUGGCAGUAUUUAAAGUGUAUGUAUUAGAUUUCUACGUUUUGGGACGUGAUGUCUACUAUAAGCAACAAUUAUUUUCCUCCUAGGCACAUAAUACGCAAGCUGCAACAUGCUCUUAAAAUGGAUGUUUGUUGUUGAAGCUAUGACAAUUUAUAUGUUUACUAUGUCAUGCCUUGAAAAACUACAGCCACUUUGCUAACCUUGCAUCAGUGGGUCAGUUGCACGAAAACAGGUUGAUAAAUAAAUCCAAUACAAUCCAUUGGAUCUUGGCCAGGUGCUGGAUGGAAAUCAAGUGGAAGAGAAAAACUGAAAUGUUGACUGACCUCUGAUUUGAUUUGGCUCUUGGGCUGGUUCACCUCAGGGUAGUGCUGAUGGUAGUUAUUGAGAAGUUUAUCACCCAAAUUGUGUUGUACAACCAGUUAGAGGAAGGUGUUUAGGACAUGGGAAGGAGGGAAAAAGGAAAGGAAAAUUGGAAUCCUGUGUUGGUGAGAAUCGCAUAUUACACAUGGACAAAGUUUUGCCCUGAUUACAUGGCAACUGCGAUUUCCUCACUUGGAAACCUACUCAAAUCAAUUCUAAGACAUGAUGUAAUAUGAGUUGCUUCAGUGUAACACCAUACGCCUUUGAACACAUUUUAUAAGGAAUAUAUGUCUGUCUUCAGUAUUAAAUCCUGCAACUCCUGUAUUAUUUACUCUGCAAAGUAUUUUAAUCUUCAGCAAUAGUGAAGACUUCAUAGCCCCAAAGUGAUAUAAAUGAUAUCAGUAGGCAAGCAUAUCUGGUUGUUUGCAAAUUCCCUCAUUGUUUGGGCUGAUAUGUGUUCCAUUAAGGAUCCUACUUGAGGGACUCCUGAUUGGUGGAAUUGGUGAAAUUGGCUAUUUCUUUAUUUCUUUCCAGGACGUGCAUUUUCCCAAAUGAAUGCUUCAAUAUGCUAAAUUUGCUAUAGGUUUGUAUAGCACCGGGCAAGAUUUACAAGGGAAAUGAUUGUGUCAGAAUAUCAACCGAGAUGUUGCCUACAUCUAUUAUUAUAAAUCCAGUCUUCAUUAAUGGGUUGAGCUCCCUGAAGCUUUUAGUCGCAAGAGCUUAUUGCCCUGAAUGUGAGUUCCAUGGAUGAUUGAUCUAUGGACUAUUUAUCUUCUGCAAAGCUGCUUGGUAGCAAAUUAGCUUUCUAUUUUGUCCCAAAUAUUCCUGUAUUAUGAAGAGUUUAUGUACAGAUAGGGAGAUUAUUCUUACCCAAUUUUAAUGUUUUUUAAAUUACAGGAUGAACUUAUGUUGAAAAUCAGGAUAGUAUUUUAUUUGUGAGACUAAUUGACACUAAGUUUCCUUUUGUGCAACAAGUUAUGUGCUGGAGACACUGCAACUUGGGUGUGGAUGCGGUCACCUACUAGAUGAUUAUUUUUAUUCAAAUUAGAUUUCAGAUGACCCACAGUUGAUAGGUUAAGCAUCUUUCAUAUUGUGAUUUAUAAAAUUAAAUAUAUUUUUAAAAAUUGUUGCAUUUUAUCAGAAUGUGCUUAAAUUCAGAAAAGAAACAUUAAUAAAUCCUCUGCCCUAAUCCUCUCAAGUCUAAUAGUGCAAAGAAAGAAUUAUGGUUACAAACACUAUAUGCAUUUAUACACCAUGUGACUAUCCAACAAAAAAUUGGGUUUUGUACUGUCACUUUAAAAGCUUCAACCAAAUGAAGUAAUGUGACUUUCAGAUACUAAUUACUACUUUUCAGAUUUUUAGAAUGUGUGCAACUCCUCAAAUGGAAAUGUAUCUGUGGAUCAGAGAGGAAAGCCAUCUCUUUUCUCUCCACCCCCCCCCCCACCAUCAACAUAAUUACACCUGAAGAAAUGAAUAUAGAUAUUCUACUUGCAUUAGGAAAUUAGAAUAGAAGGAUAAACACAAGGAUAUUAGGUUGAAAUGAUACAAUGAUAAAAUAUUAUAAAAUAUAUGUAAAGAGAAUUAUCAGUAUUUUGUAGAUAAGCUGUUGAAAAAUACAUGAAAUUGUAGAAUGCAUCCUGUAAACAAAAUGUGUGUGUGUAUGUGUGUGGGGGGGGGGAGGGGAGUGUAAUCCAUGGACAAUCUUACAUGCCACGAAAUGGUGAGGAUCAGAGAAUAUGUACAAUUAUAGUUUAGAUGACAAUAUUGGAUGAGAAAUUGCACCUAGCGUAACUCAUAAAAUAGCUUUUUUUUNGGUAUAAUCAAAUGCCAGAUGGUAAAUAUCCACAUUUGAUAAAACUGGCCAAAUUAGUUUACUUGAACUUAAGAUGUUUUAGUUUUCUACCUCCUUUUAAAAUACUAGUUACAUAAUGCUGAAAGACCUACUUGAAUGUGCCUCCCUCCCCCAUCCCCCUCAGUGUGGUUUACAAUCUGCAACUGUAUGGUGUGAGCUUCAAAUCAAUUAAGAUAGCUUAACUGGUACUAAAAUUAGGUGGUAACAAUAUGAUUUUAUUGUGUAGGACAGGAAUGGUACAAUUUUACACUAAUAUGGCUGUACAUGAAAGAACAAGAUCUCUUACUGGAAUAGGUGAUUGGUAGCUGCGUCCCAGAGAAUUCCCACUUAAAUUCAAGAAUAAUACAUUCUUGUGAGAGAAGCUGAAGAAUUAUUUUUGUCAAAUACUGUAACUUAUUCUGUUUUAGGAAAAGGAAGAGGGUUUGAAAACAGUGUAGAUUAUAGCCAUCUUACCCUGGUAAACAAUCAACCUUUUAUGGAACUGACCCAAUGAUUGCACAUUGCUUUACAUAUUCUGUACUGCUGAAAAAAGGCCUAUUUCGCUGUGAAAAUCCAGAUUCUCACCAUCUAUUUCUGAUAAAUAUAACUUAGUUUUCAACCUACUGUUUAUCUAUUCAAUGUACUUAUUCUGCAGUACUUUACUCACUCCAGAGCUUGUAAUUCUGGUGCUUCGAGUGGUUAUCUGACGUGUACGUGAAUUGCAGUACAUCAAAAUGAGAGAAAAACCUAUUGCGGUGUGAUUCUUGUAAUCAUUCUGUUGUGUAACAAUCAUGUAAAUGGUUUUAUUAAAAACACUUAAUUGCCCGGCAUUUUAUUUCAA